AUGAAAUUUAUUAAAUCAGAAUUUACCAAUAAAAUCUCUGCUUUUUAAAAAAGUAUUCAAAAGUUGUAAAUUGAAGAAGAUCAAUAGAUAAUUAAAAUGAAUUAAGCUUAGAACAGUGAGAAAGAAUUAGAAAUAGAAUAGUUUAGAUUAUAAAAGAUUCUAAAGAGUUUAGGUAAAUAAAAAGUUAUAGGAACAAGUGCAAUAUCAUUAUACAUUCCUCCAAUGAAAAUAAUUUCAGAGAUAACUAAUAGGUUAAAUAGUCAAUAUUCUGAAGCAUCAUCAAUAUAAGAUAAAGUAAAUAGAACUGCAGUAUAGGAUUCAAUUUAAGGAGUUAUUUUAAGUAUUUUAGAUUAAUAGAUUUUAGGAUUAAAGAAAUAUAAUAAAGCUCCGGAAACAGGAUUGGUAGUUUUUUAAGGUUUAGGGGAAUUUGAAAAAGGAUAGAAAAAAAUAUCAUAUAUAAUAGAGCCAUUGAGACCAUCGUAAUUAUCAUAAUUUUAUUGUGAUUCUUAUUUUCAUGUUGAAUAAUUGGCUUAACAAUUGAAAUUAGAGCCAGUUUAUGGGUUUAUAAUAAUGGAUGGAAAUGGAGCUUUAUUUGGAAAAGUAUAAGGUACAAGCAAAGAGAUAAUAAAAUAAUUUAAUGUUGAUUUACCAAAGAAACAUAAUAAAGGUGGUUAAUCUUCUUUAAGAUUUUCUAGAUUAAGAUAUUGGGCUAGACAUAAUUAUUUGGUAAAAGUAAGUGAAUUUGUUAAAAUUUGUUUUAUUUAAAAUGAACAACCUAAUAUUAAAGGAUUAGUAUUAGGAGGGAUAGCAGAUUUUAAGAAUAAAUUGGCUGAAUCACCUUUAUUAGAUAAAAGAUUGCAACCAUUAAUUAUAUCUACAGUAGAUGUUAAUUAUGGAGGAGAGAAUGGUUUUAAUUAAGCAAUAAAGUAUUCAUCAGAAACAUUGUAGAGUUAGAAACUAUUAAGAGAGAAAGAAUUGGUAUCUAAAUUUUUUUUGAGUAUUGAUUUCGAUGAUGGAAUGAUUGUGUAUGGAAUUACUGACACAAUGAAAGCAAUUGAACAAUAAUUAAUUAAAUAAGUUAUCUGUAUCUAAUCAUUAGAGUAUUCUAUUUUGGAAUGUAUUAGCAAAUAAAAUGGAAGUAUACUAUUCUAUUUAAUAUAAUAGUUAAAACAAUAAAGUAUGUAAAAGGAUUAGAUUAAUAUACAUAAGGAAGUAUUUUUGAAGAUAAUAAAGGAGAACAAUAGAUAGUCAUUUCUUGUAAUGAUCUUGUUUAAUAUUUGGCAGAAAAUUAUAAAGAAAAAGGAUUUGAUUUUUAAUUGAUAUCUGAUAGCAGUGUGGAAGGACAUUAAUUUUUUAAAGGAUUUGGAGGAUUGGCUGGAUUUUAUAGAUUUAAAAUGCCAAAAGAUGGAAAUUUAGAUUAAGAAGAGUGGGUAUCUGAAAAUGAUGAAUUUAUAUGA